GCAGUUGUUACGCAGUUCCGGUAAACUGUCAAAUUAUUUUUGGACCAGUCAUUCACGAGAAAAAAGCCUUGACCAAAAGUAACGGGACGGAGUGUUAGAGCCACGGACACAAGGUGAAGAUAACAGACAUGUCGUUUAUAUUUAACUGGAUCUACAGAGGCCUCAGUGGUGUGCUGCAGUUACUAGGUUUGUAUAAGAAGUCUGGGAAGCUGGUGUUCCUUGGUUUGGACAAUGCUGGAAAAACAACACUACUGCACAUGCUCAGAGAUGACCGACUGGGACAGCAUGUGCCAACACUACAUCCCACAUCAGAAGAGUUAACCAUUGCUGGGAUGACAUUCACAACAUUUGAUCUUGGUGGUCACACACAAGCCAGAAGAAUCUGGAAGAACUACCUCCCAGCUAUAAAUGGUAUAGUCUACCUGGUGGAUUGUGCAGACCAUGAGAGACUACAAGAAGCCAAAAUUGAACUGGAUGCGCUGUUAACAGAUGAGACCAUCUACAACGUGCCUGUACUUAUCCUCGGGAAUAAGAUCGACCGUCAAGAGGCAAUCAGUGAAGACGCACUCCGAGGGAUGUUCGGACUCAUUGGACACACUACCGGAAAGGGAAAUGUGUCACUGAAGGAGCUGAACCUGAGGCCCAUGGAGAUCUUCAUGUGUAGUGUUCUGAAGAGGCAGGGAUACGGAGACGGUUUCCGCUGGCUCUCACAGUACAUUGACUGAUCGAUCCAUCACUAUUUCUCAUACUAGAUUCACACUAUACAGCCAACCCAAACCUUACUGGGUGGGCUAGAUUAUUUCAAAAUAAAAUGGUCAUUUCCAGCAUGGUUCAAGCAACUAUGAUGGAUGUGUAACAAGUUCAGGUCAGCCAAGUACAUAAGAGGACAUGCCUCACGAAUCUACCCGCUGGAAAAGCUAUUAACUGCUAGCGUGCUAUAUUUAUUGUAAUUUUUACGUUUGACAAAGUGUGGCCUCAAUAAGUAAAUAUAUUUCUAAGAAAAAUAUAUUUUUAUUGAUACAGUAUUUAUACUCUUUGUGUUUUGGACAUAUUUCUUUGGGUUCAAACAGUGUUGAAAUAUGCAGGGUUAGUAAUUGUUUGAUAGUAGAAUAGUAAAAUCUAUUAAUAAUUGGUACACCAUUUUAUAGUCUGAGCCCUAUGUAGUGAAUUCAAACUUCAAAACCUGCAAACCCAAUAUUGUGUAGUUUACACAUUGCGUCAUUUUCAAUAAUGAUCUGUUACUUUCUGAAAGUACUGUGGUGGUGUGCAUUUUGAAUCAUACCUCACAUGAUGUCAGUCAAACAGUUUUAUUAUUACAGUAUUAUUUCCCCUCCCACUUAUGAGGAAGUUACAGGGACAUGUCAUCGCUUUGAACCAGUUCAUACCCCUGGUUUAUUUUUAAGUCGCUGGCAUUGGAUUUCAGAGGGGUUAUUGGUGUAACAGUUCCGCGUUUGUGUCUUUUAGACAUUGCUGCUAUCUCCUUCCACGUACAUUUGAAGUCGGAGGUUUACAUACACUUAAGGUUGGAGCCAUAAAAACUCGUUCUUCAACCACUCCACAAAUUUCUUGUUAACAAACUAUAGUUUUGGCAAGUUGGUUAGGACAUCUACUUUGUGCAUGACACAAGUCAUUUUUCCAGCAAUUGUUUUCAGACAGAUUAUUUCACUUAUAAUUCACUGUAUCACAAUUCCAGUGGGUCAGAAGUUUACAUACACUAAGUGUACUGUUCCUUUAAACAACUUGGAAAAUUCCAAAUGACGUCAUGGCUUUAGAAGCUACUGAUAGGCUACUUGACAUCAUUUGAGUCAAUUGGAGGUGUACCUGUGGAUGUAUUUCAAGGCCUACCUUCAAACUCAGUGCCUCUUUGCUUGACAUCAUUGGAAAAUCUAAAGAAAUCAGCCAAGACCUCAGAAAAAAAUGGUAGACCUCCACAAGUCUUGUUCAUCCUUGGAAGGAAUUUCCAAACGCCUGAAGGUACCACGUUCAUCUGUACAAACAAUAGUACGCAAGUAUAAACACCAUGGGACCAUGCAGCCGUCAUACCACUCAGGAAGGAGAUGCGUUCUGUCUCGUAGAGAUGAACGUACUUUGGUGUGAAAAGUGCAAAUCAAUCCCAGAACAACAACAAAGGACCUUGGGAAGAUGCUGGAGGAAACUGGUACAAAAGUAUCUAUAUCCACUGUAAAACGAGUCCUAUAUUGACUUCCGAUCUGCAAGGAAGAAGCCACUGCUCCAAAACUGCCGUAAAAAAAAAGCCUGGCUAUGGUUUGCAACUGCACAUGGGGACAAAGAUCGUACUUUUUGGAGAAAUGUCCUCUGGUCUGAUGAAACAAAAUUAGAACUGUUUGGCCAUAAUGACCAUCGUUAUGUUUGGAGGAAAAAGGGGGACGCUCGCAAACCGAAGACCACCAUCCCAACCGUGAAGCACGGGGGUGGCAGCAUUAUGUUGUGGGGGUGCUUUGUUGCAGGAGGGACUGGUGUACUUCAUAAAAUAGAUGGCAUCAUGAGGGAGGAAAAUUAUGUGGAUAUAUUGAAGCAACAUCAAGACAUCAGUCAGGAAGUUUAAAGUUUGGUCACAAAUGGGUCUUCCAAAUGGACAAAGACCCCAAGCAUACUUCCAAAGUUGUGGCCAAAUGGCUUAAGGACAACAAAGUCAAGGUAUUGGAGUGGCCAUCACAAAGCCCUGACCUUGUACCCAAUAUACAAGGUUGGCCAAUGACCUCAACCUAUAGAAAAUUUGUGGGCAGAACUGAAAAGCGUGUGCAAGCACGGAGGCCUACAAACCUGACUCAGCUACACCAGCUCUGUCAGGAGGAAUGGGCCAACAUUCACCCAACUUAUUGUGGAAAGCUUGUGGAAGGCUACCUGAAACGGUUGACCCAAGUUAAACAAUUUGAAGGCAAUGCUACCAAAUACUGAUUGAGUGUAUGUAAACUUCUGAUACACUGGGAAUGUGAUACACUGGGAACAUUCUUAAAAUAAAGUGGUGAUCCUAACUGACCUAAGACAGGGAAUUUUUACUCUGAUUAAAUGUCAGGAGUUGUGAUAAACUGAGUUUAAAUGUAUUUGGCUAAGAUGUAUGUAAACUUCCGACUUCAACUUUACUACAUACCAGGCCUGGGUUCACAUACUUUAGAAAUCUUUCAAAUACUUUUAGCUUUUUCUUUAGCCUGCCUGGAUUGCCAGGUUUGUACUUCUGGGACUUUUCUGUUUGUUCUAUUGCAACAUACAAGCUCAAACAAGCACAGCGGAAGUAUUUUAAAUGAUUUCAAAUUGUAAUUAAGCUAGGUCUGCUAUACCAACCAGGCCAAAUACUUUUUUCUAUAACUGCCAAAGCAUAUAGGCCUACACCCUUACAUUUAUUCUAAGCACUUCUCUUUUCAAAUGCAUAUUAUAAAAGGAAAGCAUUGGUGCCCUAAAUGUAUUUUACUGUACAAAUCAAGACAUGGAAUCUAUGCAGAUGAUAAUUGAUGUUUUAUUACAUGGCUAUUCCAGUAGAAUUACACUUCCUUCAAGAAUAUAUAGAUAUCCUAUUAUUCUGUUCUAUAUGUAAUACUAUGGUCUCACUCCUUAAUAUAGCAGCACCCCUCAAGACAUGCUAUUUGAGGUUAUUUGACCAUUAGAAAUAGUUACAUACCAGACACGUUUUACCAGCGAGGACAAAGUUGUUGUUUUGUCAUAAAUGACUGUUUUUGUAUUGAUAAAUUCAAGUUGUUUCACUACCAACCGAUGACAUGAAUGUGACUACAAGUGCAUUAACACUUUUUAUUUAUAAAUUAUUGUUUAAUACAAAAGUACAGUAUUUUGUAAUACCAGGGUUUUAUCACAACAUUGUAGGUUACAGAUAAUGUAUGCAAUUUCCUAUAGUCUACCAACUGUAUAAAUGGUUUUUGUUACUGUAAAAUAAGUACUUGGUGACUAUUGGCUGCUCAUAGCUAUAAUAAACUCAGCAAAAAAAGAAA